GCAGUCGUUCUUGCGGCCCUCGGUGGUGUGGCCCUGCUGGUGGUCCUGUCGGCCUCGGCCGUGGCCGGAACGGUGGUCUACCGCAAGCACCGCCAGGCCCAACAGACCCUCGCGCAGCAGGAAUCCGCCCAGUUCUCCUCCCACACGCAGAUCGAGAUGGACAUGAUCGUGCAGGGCAUUCAGUCGAUCAAGAAGGCGGAGAAGGCCGGCCCUCUUGCUCAUCCCAUGGCCUUCAAGGUGGUGGUCGCCGAGGCGGAGGAGGUUGAGGAGGCCAAGCCGACGUGGCGGAUGCGGAUCAAGUCGAUCACGGCGCGCAGCCCCACCAUCCUGGUGGACAGCACCAACACGAGCCGCCAGCCUGUGCCGCUGGGGGCCAUCAUCGCCGAGGGCAGAUCACCCCAACAGCAAGGUACCAACAAUGCCGACACGGACAGUCAAAACUAA